GCGGCGGCGGCGGCGGCGGAGGCCGCGGUCCCGGAGGGCCCGCCCGGGGCCCGACGAGGAGCGCUGGAAAGCCGCGGCGGUGGCCUCCUCGUCGUCUCCCAAGCCCCCCCGGCCGCCGCCGCCUCGACCCCGCCGAGUCCCCCGGAGGCGGCGGGCCAUGGAGCUGGAGAACCUCACGGCCAACACGAUGCUGCUGAAGGCGCGCCAAGGAGGAUUUGGCAAAAAAAACGGUCGUAGUAGGAAAUGGAGGGAAAUGCUAAAGUUGCCCCCUAUCAGCCAGUGUAGUGAGCUGAGACACGUCAUCGAAAAGGAUUUUAACAGUCUUUGUGAAAAGCAGCCAAUAGGAAGACUUCUCUUCAGGAAAUUCUGUAGUACAAUUCCAGAUCUAAAGCUAUGUAUUGAAUUCUUGGAUGCAGUGGCAGAGUAUGAAGUCACCGUUGAUAAGGAUCAGGAAGGUUGUGGACUAGCAAUCUUGGAUAGAUUCUUCAGUAAGGAGAACUCCAAAUCGACUCUAUCAGAAAUUUCUUCAGAAACUGUGAAAUACUGUAGAGGGAAUCUGAAUCAGAAGCCCUCCAAGAACAUCUUUGAGGAAUGUACCAGAAUUGUCCGUAACUAUUUGAGUUCAAAACCAUUUGAAGAAUACCAAGAAAGCUCAUAUUUUUCUCGAUUUUUACAAUGGAAAUGGCUGGAAAGGCGGCCAGUAACAAAGAAUACAUUUAGAUAUUACAGAGUUCUAGGAAAAGGCGGAUUUGGAGAGGUUUGUGCCUGUCAAGUACGAGCUACAGGAAAGAUGUAUGCCUGCAAAAAGCUUGAAAAAAAGAGAAUAAAGAGGAGGAAAGGUGAAGCUAUGGCUCUGAAUGAAAAAAUUAUACUAGAAAAAGUGCACAGUAGAUUUGUGGUUAGUUUAGCCUACGCUUUUGAAACCAAAGAUGCCUUAUGUUUGGUGCUAACCAUUAUGAAUGGAGGUGAUUUAAAAUUUCACAUUUACAAUCUGGGAAGCCCUGGUUUGGAGGAACAGAGAGCUAUUUUUUAUGCUGCUGAGCUGUGUUGCGCCUUAGAAGAUUUACAGAGGGAAAGAAUUGUGUACAGGAACUGCCAGCCCAGCCUCACAGUCAGCCUGCUGUGGAAGCUUCCUGGGGCACUGUUCAGGAGUCUGUUGAGAGACUUAAAACCUGAGAAUAUCCUCCUGGAUGAUCAUGGACACAUUCGGAUUUCAGAUCUUGGUCUAGCCCGGGAAGUCCCUGAAGGAGAGACAGUUCGAGGAAGAGUUGGAACCAUCGGCUACAUGGCUCCAGAAGUUAUCGAUAAUGAAACGUACACAUUUAGUCCUGAUUGGUGGGGACUUGGCUGUCUGAUAUAUGAAAUGAUUGAGGGACAUUCACCAUUUAAAAAAUUCAAAGAAAAAGUUAAACGAGAGGAGAUUGAUCAAAGAGUGAAGACAGAUACUGAACAGUACUCCGAGAAAUUUUCAGAGGAUGCCAAAUCCAUCUGCAGGAUGUUACUCAUCAAAAACCCAAGUGAGCGGCUGGGCUGUAAGGGCGAUGGAGCUGCAGGAGUAAAGCAGCACCCGGUGUUCAAGAACAUUAACUUUAGCAGGCUGCAAGCACACAUGUUAGACCCUCCUUUCUGUCCUGAUCCUCAGGCCAUUUAUUGUAAGGAUGUCUUGGAUAUUGGGAAGUUCUCUCUGGUGAAAGGAGUCUACUUGGACACCACAGAUGAAAACUUCUACGCGCAGUUUGCUACUGGGUGUGUCUCCAUCCCCUGGCAGAAUGAGAUGAUUGAAUCUGGAUGUUUCCAGGACAUCAAUGAAAGACAAAGUGACGAAAAUCUCGCAUCAGAUCACAAGGAGAAAAUCUCUUCCCCAUUAUCUAAAUCAAAGAGAAGAUUCUUCUAUGAACUCUUCAGAAGAGGGGGCUGCCUGAGUGCUGGCCCUGAGAACGAAGAGGGAGGGGAGCGGACACAACGCUGACUGUUCUGGUGCAUACCGAAGAUUGAGACCCUGACACCAAGAAGAAGCACACAGAGUUUCCUCCUAUUCAUGACCUGUGAUAAACAUCCUUGGACACAUUACAUCAUACCUUCACAGAUUUUUCUACAUCAAUGCCAGCAUUUUCUUUUCGCUAAAGUGGAUUAAAGGAAAAAAAAAGAAAACCCUCAGUACCAUUA